AUGGUUCCGCACGUCCUCACUGCGGAGCAGAAGGCGGCCCACGUGGAUGUGUGCCGGGAAAUCCUCCAGCACUUUGAAGAGGGCAAAGUCAUCAUGGCGGAUGAGACCUGGUGUCAUGCCUACGAUCCCGAAACGAAGCAGCAGUCGAGCCAGUGGCAACACCCGGACUCCCCUCGGCCGAAAAAAGCACGCCAGUCAGCGGUUCGUCAUUUGUGGCACACACAAUUAGUAACUUUCUACCAGUUCCAGAAUAAAUCCAAGCCCAUUGCCAACAUCUCAAGAAGUGUCACCAGCCACCACAGCUUGUGCAGCUUUCGACCGAUUUCCCCUGAAGAGGCUCUUGAGGAAGAAUUCAUACUUAAGUCCAUUGCUUGGCCUAAAUAUCCAUCAAUUAAACAUUUUUCUUCCUUGCCAAAUACCAGCCAUCCAGCCUGUGGCAGUUUCACCAUUCUCCCAAGAAGAGGAGGAGGAAGCUGGCGCAUUGGGGAUCAGCUUGAAGUCUUGAUCCAAAUACAAGACUGCCACUGCUGUCCCAAGAAUUAUGGGGGGGACGUUUUACUGGCGAGUCUUCACAAUCGUGAUCUUGAGGCUGGUGUGGCAGGAAAAGUGGUGGAUCACCUCAAUGGAACCUACUCUGCUGUGUUCACCCUACUCUGGAAUGGAAGUGCAAAGAUUGAGGUGACACUGGUUCACUCCAGUGAGGCAGUUGAAGUGCUGAGCAGGCAGACCAGCGAACACCCCGAUCGGAUAUACUUCAAGAGCCUCUUCCGCUCGGGUUCGAAGAAUCUCUUCGCCAACUGCAACGUCUGCCUGCGGUCGAGCCAGGCACUGCAGUGCAACUACACCGAUGUCCGUACGGGCGAGCCAUGGUUUUGCUACAAGCCAGAGAACCUCAGCUGUGAUGCCAGGAUCAGUCACUCCAUGGGAGGAUUUAAAAGAAAACUCAGGCCGAACGAAGUGAAUCUCUUUGUAAGUGGCGUCAACAUGAAAGUCCCCAUUCAGACUUCUGGACCAUCUGAUGUCUUCGUGCAAGAUGAACUCAAUUCAACGAUGAGCAGUGGGAGGUGGAGACCUUCUGGUUUUUACUACAAAGGUGUGUGGAGAUCACUCAGUGGAACUGCAGUUCGGGAGUUCGACGCCAAGCAGAUGACUCAGUGUCUUAAAGGCAAGCAGGUCCACAUGUAUGGAGACUCCACCAUCCGGCAGUGGUUUGAGUAUCUGAAUCAAGGGCUGCCAGGUAUCAGACAGUUUAACCUACACACUUCAAAGCAGUCUGGACCCUUCUUGGCCUUGGACUACACCAACAACAUCAUUGUGACAUUUCGCUGCCAUGGCCCUCCGAUCCGUUUUGGAAACGUUCCGAUUGGUGAGCUACGUUACAUAGCCAACGAGCUGGAUAGCGUUAUCGGAGGCAGCAACACCAUCAUAGUUCUUGGCAUAUGGUCACACUUCAGCACUUUUCCCAUGGAGGUCUACAUCCGACGGUUGAUGAGCAUCCGAAGGGCGGUCGUACAGCUGCUAGCCAGAGCUCCGGAGACUCUGGUCAUUGUCCGAACUGCCAACCUCAAAGCUCUGACACUCUAUGAGACGCUGACCAACAGUGAUUGGUACUCAAUGCAGCGUGAUAAGGCGCUCCGAGCCGUGUUUAAAGGUACAGGCGUUCAUCUAGUGGACGCCUGGGAGAUGACUCUCGCUCACAACCUGCCACACAACCUCCACCCAGAUCGUCCCAUCAUUAAAAACAUGAUCAAUGUGCUUUUAUCAUACGUCUGUCCAGCAAAAGGCCGUUAA